GGAGGGAUGUGAUGGAGAGAGAUGAGGGAGGGGGUGCAGGAAUAUGAGUGUGUAUGCAUUUUCAAGGCGGUCUUUCUGUUGCAAGAAAAAACACAGUAGUCUAACAGGAAAACGAAUUGCUCGGGCUACUGAUGAAGGCAUGCAAAUGCAAUUUAGUGGCGGAAACUGAAAUCUUCCGCGCGUUAAUGGAGGCUCGCGCGAAGGCAGUGUGUUUAAUUUUAGUUGGAGAUAGGUGGAAUCACCUCAGCGGUGUGUGAAAGAGGGAGAGAGAGGCGAGGGAAGAAGAAGAAGAGGGGAGGGGGCGGGGGUGUAUGGACCUCGCUGGUUACGGGACCCACAGGCACCCCGAUUGUGCUCCGCUCUCAUCAUUCUUGGAGGUGAGGACAAAAGAAAAAAGGGGAAAUCGGAAGAAAGGCCCGGGAUCUGAGUGUCGUGACGGGCCCCCCGACUUCGCCGCCGCUGGUCGGGGUUGUCUGGACUCAAAGAGGCAGAAGGAAAAGCGGCGGAGCGGUCGACUCUAGACUGGGGUUUCCUGCCACAGCAGCGGGAUUGUCACAAAACAGCCUUUCACUCUUCGAGGGGCCUUGUAUUGCUCUACGUUUUCAGAGUUGUGAAGGCGUCUGGUCAGCAGCUGAUGGAACAGGAACUUUUCUGCAUGGAAAUACUGAAGAGAAACAGAAAACCGGAGCUUGAAUUGACUGAACCCGAAGUGGAAUAAAUGGAUUACCCUCCUUUUGGAAAAUUGUUGCCAUGGAACUAGGUAGAAUGAAAUGAUGGUUGACGGAAAAAAACAAAGGUAAGGCGGCUAAAUGCUGAAGACGCAGGAAGGCAUCGAGAAGAACCUGAACACACUCGAGGGAAGAACGAUUACUCUGUAGGGACCAAAUACUUCUACAGUCCAAAUGAGUGCAUGCCGUAGCAGAAAAAAUAGAAAACAGUAUUCAAAAGGGAACAACCAAGAAAAAGAACAACUGAAAUAGUGUUACACUCUCAUCUAAGAGCCGAUGAGAAUAUCCAUGGAGUGUUUGCCUCUGGAAGUGUCGAGUGAGGGUCUGCAUUCAGACCUGUUGAUUCUGUUACUGGAGUUUCGGUCUCACACAGGUGUGAGUCAAGUCCCGGCAAACUUACACAUGUUGACGAACUGAAGGAUUGCCGCGACGGAGCACAGUCUCAAUGGUUUUAUUGAGAUUUUGUUUUUCACAAGAUGCUAUUGGAUCAGCACUCGGUUUAAUCCUAAAAUAGCUGUGCUUGCCCAAGCUGUCGUUAUAGUGGAGUGUAUACAUGUUAAGACAUUUAAGGUUUAAAGUCUCACUCGGUGAUGUGGCAGUCGUCCAUGAUAUUGCCUGCUCAGUGCCAAACUGCUUCAGCUUCGUGGGAAUGACUGCUCGUUUUUAAUCUUGUAUUUUUCUGAAGUAGAAAUCUGCUUCACCACAUCUCUGUAUCUUUUUUCCCUCUCUCUUUUUUUGUGAGGAAAGAAAAGUCAUUUUUUUUACGUCGCUGAACCUGAAUUUGAGUGGAAACCUUCAAGAUCACAUCGAAAAAGAAGAUUUUUGCAAUUUGCCCUUUUCCUUUGUUGCUCAAAUCGUCGCCUGCUUAGCUUUCCCAUCCACUACAGACACUACAAAAGGGUGAUUAUAACAUCUGCCAUACAUAUAUAUAUAUAUAUAUAUGUAUAUAUAUAUUCCUUUGCUUCAGUUCUUUGGUGGAUUUCAAAAGAAUUUCCUUGUUAAACUGCCAGGCCAGAGACUCUCUAUUUGUCAUUUAUGCUUGUUGCCACGAGCCUUCCAGUUUCUGAUCAUAAUCAUUCCCUGAUAUAGACACUGACAGAUAUUUCCGUUUUUGAUCCAGACGUGGAAAAACAAUGCAGAAUUUUUCUAACAGUCCGGCUCCCCCGUCUCUGCCUCCAGCGUUCAGUGGGAGGGGUGGAGGCGGACCCACGUAUCCCCCUCAGCCAGCAGAGCCCCAGAUCUCCCCAAGGAUGACAGAUGAUUACGCGGGGAUGCAACAGCAGAGUCUGCACAGAGGCCAUCACCACCCAAGUCAAGCCAGCCACAUGCUUGCUUACAGCGCUCGAAGCAGAGCAGCAGUGGAGCCACCGCCAACACAGGGUAACAUCCACAGCGGCAGCAGCAACAACCCCUACAGGAAGGAUGCCAUGGAUUACUAUUUUUCAAUGGGUGGAAAGGACAGGCACAGAAGGGGAGGUCUGGGUUAUGGGGGAGGCUUUGGCUACCCUAACAUUGAUGGACAUAUACCUCACCAGUACCGACAUCCUGGAUCUAGCUCUGCACCCACAUCUGGCCUGAUGUCACCAUAUCCAGUAGACUAUGGCUCCAGUGCCGGUUCAGGCGGAGGCGCUGGAGCGUUCUCUCCUUCUCAUCAGUACAACAUGAGUCAGAACCCUGCACUGCAGUCGGUGGCAGGUUCUCAGAUGCAACACCGCCAACAUGGACAGACCUUCCCAGCUGUUCACCUUGGACAGCAGCAUAGGACCUAUCCACACUCUGGGCACAGAAUGACCCCACAGUACCCACACUACUCUCCACAGGGCGGAGCGUCCACAGGGUCAUCAGGAAUGUAUAGCCCCCCUCCACAGAGAUAUCUGGACGGGGCUGCCGGCACUGGGUUUGAUCCCAAAGUCAACAGUUCUCCCACUGUCAACUCCAGUUCAAACUCGAUCUCCAGUUCAGUUGCUGCUAACAAUGUGGGGCCAAUGGAGAAUGUUCAACAGAGUUACCAUGCUUCAAAUUAUCCAGGAUAUUCCCCCCAGACGCUCUCACUUCACAAGCAAGCCACACUACAGCACCGCAACUCGCAGCACAAUUUAGGAGUAGGUUAUGACAACUCGCUCAAGAUGCAGCACCAGGGACCGUCUCCAGGCUCUGUAUAUGCUAAACUUCAUCAAGCCUCUAAUCCCAGUAUACCUCAGCCAGCAUCUCAAGAAAUAGCCAAAUCCCCGAUGCAUCCGAAUGCGCAGCAAACUCAAAUUAACCAAAACUUUAGCCCAAUAUCCAACCCUUCUCCAGCUGCCUCUGCAGUGCAUUCCCCCAGCUGUAGCUCCUCUCCUUCUCCUUUGAUGGGUGUCUCAGAGGCACAUGGAAACCCCUCAGGUCAUGGUCCUUCACAUCCUCCUACAUCAAACCCCCGUAGCAGCCAUGGACAUGGCAGAUUACUGCAGACCAUGCCUCAGUUAAGUCCCACACCCAACUCAAAUAGCAGCAUCAGUAGUUGUGGUAGCAGUGGCAGUCAUAAAGCUCACAGCAUGAGUGCAGUUGGAGGGAGCAAUCUUCCUCCGACAGGCCGCAAUAAAAUGAAUCUAGGCACAGGAAUUGGAUCCAGAGAAGAAGGCUCCUCUGUUUAUUCAUCUUCUUCACAUGACAAAAUGCAGGAUGCUGGCCUGAAUAGUCUUAAUGCCUUGAGCUCACAAGUAGCCAAUUUACCAAACACGAUUCAGCACAUGCUUCUCACUGACACAGUGCUUUCACAAAAGAAGAAAGACGGCGGGUCGAUGCAACAAGCAACGCACGGUGUGCCUCCAUCACAACCAAGGAGUCGAAAUGCAAGUGCAGCCUCAAGUACCAGCACAGUCAAAGAUGGAGGUGCAGCAGGAGUCGGUGAUGGUGCCAGCUUAGAUGCUGGUGCUGAAGAAGACUCCUCGCUGAUGUCAUCAGGGACCAAGGUGGAGCGAGAGGAGCAGUUUUCUGAGGGGGAACGCAGGAGGGUGAGGCAGAUGAGUGGAGCGAGCAGUGGAUCAGAACCAACCGGCUAUCACCCUUCAUCUCAGAAUCAAACCCAACCACAGACUGGACAAGCAUCAAAUGAUAAAACAGUCCCAUCAGAGUCACCAUCAAAACAACAGGUUGUCUCUGAAACAAAAGCAAAUGAAACUCACAUUCCCUCCUUAUCAUCUCCAUCCUUUGGAUGUCAGCCAUCUGAGACUGGCCCAGCUUCACAUUCAACACCUCCAGUUUCCUCCUCGCCCUCAUCCACCUACUCCAGCAUUCCUCCUCCCCAGCCAAACUGUGUCCCAGAGCCUGGUUUGACUUAUAAUGACCACAGAGCUGGCCAUAGGAAAACAGAAAUUAAAAAUGAAGUCAUCAAAGAUGAAAGUGAAGGCGCAGUUGAGAAAACAGAGAAAAUUUGCAGCCAAAUGCAACGUGAGGGAGAAGUCGAUACGCAGAAUGGUCAGGACAAAGAAAAUAGGCUGCACUCUGCAUCCAGAUUACACAAUAAUGAGAAGGAAGAAAAGCACACAUCUGAGGAACAGCAGAAUGCCGGUAGUAUUGGUGUGAUUGUCUCAGCUCGGUCUGAGGGAAGUCACACUGAAAAAAGUAAGCAUCCCCAAGACAACUGUGUAGAAGAGAAACAGUCCCACUCUUAUUUAAGAGAGUCAAGCAGUCAUAACGGGGAGGAGGGUAUAGAUCUGAGUCUGUAUUCCUCCCAUCAUCAGAAAUCAACCUUUGGACGGCCUCAAAAUCCUCCACAGUCUGGUCCACAUAAAUAUGGCUUCCCAGAAUCAGCAUAUGGCUCAGAUUUAUCCAUGAAAAACAAAGGGAAGGUGGGCCCAGCGGGUGUAAUGGAGUCAAAUCCCAGAUAUUUAGGGUACCAACAAUCACAGACUGGUUACGGCCCCACACAUCCAAAAGAUGCUGGUUCUGUAGCAGAGGCUUUAAUGAAGAGAGGCCAAGGAGCAGGAGCUAAAGGUCAUGAGGAGAAUUCACAGUUGCAGCAAUUCCCAAGCCUUUUACAAGAGGUUCUUCAAGGUUAUAAUUUAGACAGACGUUAUGGAAGACCAGAACAGGCAUUUCCUGCACAUCUCCAAGUCCAACAACAGUUUCAAACGAGACAUCCUUAUAGUGUGAGUGAGGCUAUGAGGAUGCAGAGUGGACCUGAGGGCUCGACUCUUUCUGGCCAAAUGGGCAGUUCUGGAAAACAUCCAAAUCAGAGGCAUGGAAGUGAGCCUGAUUUCACCACAGAUCCUCAAUCUGUAGUGAAAUCUGAAGGGUCCAAUGCCAAGAUACUGCAAAAUGCUGAAAAAACUGAAGUAGGCGUGUCCCAGAGCCAUUUACAACCGGUUGCAGAGACACAGCAGCACCCACCAAAACAUAUAAACUUAGCUGACUAUUCUCUGCCACAGAGGAAAGCGUUAUCCACUCCAUCCUCUGCUGUGCAGGAGCUCCUUUUGCAAGAGCCAGAGCCGCUAACCGGCAGCACUGGUCAAACUGAGUCUCAGAAAUCAUCAGGCUCCAUAUUAGCCCCAUCAGAGCGGCGCUCUGUCAUCUGUGAUGUGUCGCCAAACCGACGCAGCACACCAGAGAGGGACAGGGAGGGCGACAGGGAGAGAGAGCGGGAGAAAAGUCAGAGUGGAGCCUCCGUGAUUCAACAGCCAUUUUCCUCUCCAGCAGCAGCCAAUGAUCUAAGUAAAAAGGAUGCUGGAGAGAAGCAAGCGAUGAAAAUGGAAACAGCAUCAAAAGAGGCUGGGGCAGAUGCUGCAAAUGUACAGACUGAGCAUCAUGGCAGUGGCGGGGCUAAUGAGGCAGAUGUGGAGUAUCAUUCAAAGUCUGUUCACUCAUCAGUUGUAAUGAAUGCUGACCCCUACAGGCGAGGUAAUGUCGAUAUUACCCCCUUGCCUUCACAUCCGAUCAACACUAAUCCUUUAUCUUCGCCAUCGAGGCAUCAGUCGUACCUUCUGGGCGUUGACCUCUCCACUGCUGGCGGCGGUACAUUUCCUGCCUAUCGAUUCGGAGAUGCAAGAGAAGGCAAUAUGAUGUCACGCAGUAAUCCCCACUUUCCUUCUCACCAUCCCUACCACAAUUUAUCCCCUCAGCCUCAAACCUCAAAUAAGCUUCAAAUGUAUCCUCACCCCCGCGGCCCACCUCACCACCCCCACGACCUGAGUGACUGGGUGAAAGCGAUGAACAGGCCGUCGAAGGAGAUGAUGAUGCAGCCCGGCUCUUCUCCUGGACGACACAAGGUCAGCCAAUCAGAGCAGAGACAGAGGAUGAUCUCCCAAACUGACAUAUCCAGUGAGCAGCAUUCAAGUAAAACUUCUCUCCAUCAUCAGAGCCCUUACUUUGACAUGAAAAUGUGGGAGUCGGCGCACCCUGGACGAGAAGGUGCUCGAAUGAUAGAGGGAGACGCCUACUACAGGACACAACCGCCUCCUCCUCCCCCUCCUCCCCCGCUUCCUCCCCCUGCUCCUGUAGUUACACAUGGCCCUGUUCCUCCGCAAAUCUCUCACGGCCAAAACGCUGCUGAACCUGAGGCCCCCAGAGGAGCCACAGAGGAGGCCAAGCCCCCCAUCCCACCUCCUCCAUCCAGCUCCAUCAAGCCUCCCGCCGACUUGAACUCCACUCAGGCACAGGUGCCACGUCAGACCAAAACCGGGGCUUCUGGAGACACAAAUCCGCUAAUAUUGAGAAGGAGAGUUCGUUCUUUUAUCUCUCCUAUUCCUGCCAAGAGGCAACUCCAGGACAGCUCUCAGCAGAGGGCUCCCACAAAUUCACAUCAUCACUCUCCGGGGGCUCACUCUGAGUCUAGCCACCACAAUGAAGAUGACUCAUCCAGUUCAGAUAUCCCAUGUCCCCGGCUCUCUUCCCCUCUGCCAGGAGAGAACACCUAUUCACUCCCUCUGUCUCCAUCAAGUGGUAAUACCAAGGUUUUGCCUACCAGGAAGGGACGAGGUUUGAAACUGGAGGCAAUAGUGCAGAAAAUCACACCAAAUAUUAAAAAGCCAGCAGGCCAUGCUGAUGAUGAGUCAAAUCAUUAUCCAGGCUUCUCUCACUCAGAUAUACCAACAUUUAAUGAUUCACAGGACCAAGACUUAGCACAUUUCCCCAGGGUUUCAGGAGGGGAUGAUAGUUACAUGGAUGAAAGUCACUCAUUAAAUGACAUGAUUCCCUUCAGAGGAGUCGACGAUGCCGGGCCUUUACCUCCGUCUGCCUACCCGUGUGAUCCUCAUCAGACGUCUCAAGUCCUCAAACAGCAAGACUUUGACUUCGGGCUCGGGGCGGCUGUGGCAUCAGCAUCUGGUGACAAGGAGGAUUUUGCUCUGCUCGGACCUUUGCCCCCUCCUCCGCCUCUCCCCCGCCCAGUGCAGGGUUCCCCACCUCCCUCCUCUUCUGCCCUGUCAGACAUUCAGCAUUUCACAAACACUUACCAGCAGCUCGAGACUAGAAGGGGAGAGCAGUCUGCUGCGAACCUGCUUCGACAGAAACUUCAAGAAUCUGGCAUGGGGUUUGAUGAUUAUCCUGGCAGCGACUACUAUGGAACCACCCCGCCUCACCACAGCCAGGCUCAAGGACACAUGCUGAACAGACAACAUCAGAUGUCCUCUGGUAGGUCUAGUCUCUCGCCACAAGAUUCUAAGUCACUGGAGAGUGUCGUGCCUAAAGGCUAUUUCCCAUCUGGCAAGAAAAAGGGCAGGCCCGUGGGGAGCGUGAACAAACAAAAACGGGCUCAGAACCAAGUCCAGACGCCCGCCCAGGCCCAAGCCCAAGCCCCGUCUCAAGUCCCGACGCAGAACACGACUGUGAGCGCUCCUCCAGCCGCACCCAUUCCAGCUCCAGCCGCUGCCACAACCCCACCUACAAUACAAACUAGCAGCACCACGUCUGCCCCCGCAGCACCUCCUCUGCCAGAAAGUAAAAACACUCCCCCGCUGGCCCCGCCCAUUUUAACACAGGUGGUGAAAGCGGAUGUUGAGAGCGAGGACACGCAGCCGGAGAUCGAGAUCAAACCUGUGCGACGGAGACGCAGAGGUGUAAAAGAUGAAGACGAGCCGCUGGAGGCAAGAGGACGGCAGAGGAGGAGGAGGAGAGGGGCGGCAGCAGCAGCGGCGGCGGCGGCGGCGACGCCAUCAAUGGCCAAAGAUGACCCAGACACACCUUUAGGGGCGGGGGGAAGCCUCGGCGCAAAUAGAGUCUCAGCGGACCCGAACAGAAAGGGGCUAUUUGUUCCUCACAUCCACGUGGAGAAAAAAAUCCCAGAGAUUGGGGCAGUGUGCACUAUUGUAAACGCUGAGGAGGACAAGAUGAAAGGAGAGCGUAGUGCAGUCGCAGGGAAAGCGGGUGGGAGUGGAAUUGAUUCUCUCCUGACCUCAGCUCUUUCCUCCCAGUUAUCUAAGAGAGACAGAGAAGCAGAGAAAAGGGAGACAGACGAGGUGGAAACUACACUUCAGUCGGGAAAAGCACUUCCCUCAUCUGGCUUUGUUGUUUCAGGCCCUGUGAUUACAGAGACCAAUCACUCCGGCCGCCUGCUAUGUUGUCUGUGUCAGAAAUGGGCAAAUUACAAACAUCUCGGAGAUCUCUACGGGCCUUACUAUCCAGCUGAAUAUGCUGCAAAACUACCCAAGAACCAGCCCCAGGUCAGACAAUGUCAAGCAACCACAGGCACAAACAAAACAGGACCAAAUUCAGACACAGGCUCAAAUGCUCCGAGUGCGAUCCAAGACCCACAAACACAAGACGCCGAGUUUACCAAGCCCUCAACUGAGAGCGACUACGCCAUCAGCCUAGAUUCAAACCCAACAUGUCUUACUCCUACAGUUAGAGCCGCCUCCCCAGCUGGAAGAGAGGAAAUCAAGAUGCCUGUGGCUGCCAAGCUCAGCGGCACCGACUCUCCUUCCUCCUCCUCCACCACCGUUAAACCUUCUCUAACCUGGGACAUGAAUCUAGAUAUCCGACCUAUCCCUGAGCUUAAGAGGGAGCCGGGCCUGGAAGCAGACCGGCAGCCGGCGCCGAAGCAGCAGCCGAUGGACGAAGCUCAGCAGCGACCUCAACACAGAAAGCUGACCUCUCAUCCCCGCUUUAAAAGGAGACACAAGUCCAGCGAGGAUUCCCCCAGAAUGGUGCCAUCCAACAGUAAAGCGUCCCUGCCCUUCCAGCCCCCUCCGCCGGCCCUGGACUCCCUGGGACCCUUGGCACAACUCGCUCAGCUGCCUCAGAUGCCCAUGGACCCGGAGGAGCUGUGGGUCCACGAAGGAUGUAUAGUGUGGACCAGCGGAGUGUACCUUGUCAAUGGAAGACUGUACGGCCUUCAGGAGGCACUAGAUGGUGCCAGAGAAAUAAGCUGCUCCUACUGUGAGAUGGUUGGCUCAACCCUGGGCUGCUACAGUAAAGGCUGUACACUUCGCUACCACUAUAUGUGCGCUAUUGAAGCAGAUUGCUCUCUGAACGAAGAUAAUUUCUCACUGCGGUGUCCGAAGCACAAGGUAAAGAAGGACAGUUUACCCAGAGCAUCCGGCCAGCCAAGUCAGUGUACCUGGAGCAGUCAGAGAGAGGCUGAGAGGAACGAAGAGGAAGAGGAGACGCAAGAGUCUGGGAACUGUGAGUUUGGGCGAUAGAAGACUGAGAAAUGUGAAAAGAUGGGACUGGCAUCUGUGGCAGAGAACAACAAAAGGGAAUGUACAAUUUCUCAACAGGAAUCAGCAUUAUUUACAUUUAAGACAAUGGAGAAAAGAAACCUUUUUUUAAGAGAAUUAUCACUCUUUACUUAAAAGCAGAAAAAAGAAAAAAACAUGGACGCGCAACAUAGAGGAAAGGAGCUGCAAGAAAAAGACUAAAAACAAAACAAAAAAAACAAACUACAAAGAUGGAAGUGGGAUGAAAUGAGACGUCAAAAGACUGACGGCGAAACUAAAGGAGCUUUUCUACACAGAACAAAAGAAACAAACUUCCUCUCUAGGCUUACUUUCAUUUUCCAGAGACAUCCUUCAAGUGUUAAACUUUUGUUUAUCGUCAUCUGUAUUAUCAUUUACCUUUUUUUUUUUCUUUCUGGUUUUCUUUUGUUUGCUUUGAUAUUGGGAGCAAGUUCGGGUGUCAAACCCCGAAAAGCAAAGGAGAGAAUUUUGUAUCCUCUCGCAAAGUAGUAUUUUAUCUUACGAUAUUAGGAAGAUCACAAAUAUUAUUCUAGUCCUUCAUUAUUAUUUUGUAUCCUCAUCAGUAUUUACUCAUGAAAACGAAAUGGAUGUAUCUCACUUUAUAUUCACUCAGCACGUUAAUUUGGAUUUUUCUUUUUUUUUCCAUUCCUGGAGAGGGAGGAGCCAGAGCGGUGGUGUCUGGAAUGUCAGGGUCGAGUUUGCCACAAAGACAUUAUUGCCUUGGAGAACGGACAUCUGUUGCCUUUCAAAAAGUCGUGUAUGAGUGCGAAAUGAGUGCGUGUGCGAAGCUGAAAAAAUGCCGAUAUCUGGGUCCUUGAUUCCAUUUUGGUCCUUUUGAAAAGUGUUCUUAUUUUUCAUCACUGGGGUUUUUACGGUACAGAUAGUAUUCAUGAAAAAUCAGAUGGACACAAUCUUAUUUUUCAAGUACAAAAUGUUCGUAAUGUGCAAAGAGAAGGACGGAUGCUUGUAAGAGGAGGAAGAUAACACUAUUGACUAAAGCGUGUCUGCCGUCUUUAACCGUGCCGACUGGGGGGGGUGGGGGGGUGAUGAAGGACGGGACGCUGAAGAGUUUUCGUCGGUGUGGAGCUGUGUGCUGGGUGCACGGGUUCGUAUGCUCUCCAUACAUCGUUACGUUGGACAUCGAUGAAGAGCGUUUUUCUGGACUGAACUUCGGAGAGGGUGUCAUGAGCGGCUGCGACGGAGAGCGAGCCAAACCGAGUACUUUGGAACGGUUUCAUUCUUCGUGACGCGGCGGCGGUUUAAUCGGGAGAUGCAAAAUCCAUUCAAAAAGAAGCAUUGCCAUAAAAUUUAAAAGUGAGUCGUACAUGGUGUUGUCUUUAUCAUUUUUUAUUGUUAUUCUUGUAAAAAAAAGGAAAAAAAAAGUCAAACUGAGAGAAGACAGUUACACUAUCAAAACCAUGCUGUAUUAGAAACCUGUCAAUAUGUAUAUGAAUUAUGAAUACACUUAAAAAUGCUUCAA